AUGAUUCUAGGACCAAUCACCCUGAUAGAUUGUGGCGCCUUUGUUUUCUUCCUCGUCCCACAACUUCUUAUCCAAGUCAACAUCUUGUCUCUCAUCUGGGUCAUUUGCAAAGUGUUGCCAUUUCUGUUGCUUCAACUUCCAUUUCAGCUUAUCAGAGAACGUCAUUUAAUCGCCAAAGACAAGCAAUCACCAUUCUGUCAAAAUGCAACCUUGUUUCAAGAUCUGGUGAUCCGAUGUGUCAGAUAUGCAUUCGCUAGAAUUCCUGCCAGCAUUGGUCGAGUCUUCUUCUCUAAAUGGGUGGCUUAUCCGUUCUUUCGAUUUCGCCUGCUACGACACGGCUACUUGCAAUGCCCUAUGUACUACCGAGAAAUCAUUCGACAUGGUGUGCGCGGACUGUGGAUUGUGGAUGAUCCCACUGCAGAACCAGAUGUUAUUAUUUACUAUGCUCAUGGAGGCGGUUUUUCAAUGGGGUCUACGUACUUUUACCUUGAGUUCCUCAUGGCAUGGGCCACUCGUUUGAAGGAGUCUGGUUUUAAGAAUCCAGCCGUGUUUGCUCUCGAAUACACCUUGGUUCCAGACGCCAAAUGGCCCACCCAGUUCAAUGAAGCACGGUCUGGCUACACUUUUUUGCGAGAAACCUUUGGCGAGGAUUCAACAACCAAUAUUUGUGUGAGUGGAGACUCGGCGGGCGCGACAAUCAUGCUGAGCAUGUUACUUCAACUCGGUCAUGUUGAACAAGAUGCUCAGGUCAAGGCAGCAUAUCGACCAGGGCUGGCGGUCCUCCUCUCACCAUGGACUCAUCUAGUCUCAGAGUUGAAUCAAAACACUCCCAGUGACUAUCUCGACCGUAACAGUCUCCAUCUGUACGCAAAGCAGUAUGCCGGCGAUGCCACCACUGACAGUGAAAUAAUAUCACCGGGUUUGAGUACGGGGCGCUGGAAGCUUUGCUCUCCCGUGAAUGGAUACCGGGUCAUCUAUGGAGGAGAAGAAGUGUUUGCACCGGGGGUCCAUCAAAUGAUUCACCAUAUCAAAGAUACAGGGGCAGUUGUCAAAGCUCACCAACUUGAAGGUGGUAUUCACGCCUGGCCAGUGGUCAAUCUUUUCUUGGGCGCGACUAGAGAAGAGCGCUUGUUGGGGUUAAAUUUGAUGACAGAUUACGUAGUUCAGUCAGGAAUGGCGUCCAAGAUUCGCAAGACAACGCCGACGCCAGUAGUCUCCAGUUGA